CAGAUCUGAAGCCUCACAUUCAAAGGCGUCUUGAUAAACGCCGCUCCAAUAUUCUUCUUCUUCUCCUAAUCCUAGGGUUUUCCAAUAUUCUUCUCUCAUUUGAAAGGUUCGAAGAUGAGAGAGUGCAUUUCGAUUCACAUUGGCCAGGCCGGUAUCCAGGUCGGCAAUGCAUGCUGGGAACUCUACUGCCUCGAACAUGGCAUUCAGCCUGAUGGUCAGAUGCCAAGUGAUAAGACAAUUGGCGGAGGAGACGAUGCUUUUAACACCUUUUUCAGUGAAACUGGUGCCGGGAAGCACGUCCCUCGUGCUGUAUUUGUGGAUCUUGAGCCUACAGUUAUUGAUGAAGUAAGGACAGGAGCAUAUCGCCAGCUCUUCCACCCGGAACAACUCAUCAGUGGCAAGGAAGAUGCUGCCAAUAAUUUUGCUCGCGGCCAUUAUACAAUUGGCAAAGAAAUUGUUGAUCUCUGCUUGGAUCGUAUUCGGAAGCUUGCCGACAACUGCACCGGCCUUCAAGGUUUCCUAGUUUUCAAUGCUGUUGGAGGUGGUACUGGUUCUGGUCUUGGGUCGCUUCUCUUGGAGCGUCUCUCUGUCGACUAUGGAAAGAAAUCAAAGCUUGGAUUCACUGUCUAUCCGUCACCUCAGGUUUCCACUUCUGUUGUGGAGCCUUACAACAGUGUGCUGUCAACCCAUUCUCUCCUUGAGCACACAGAUGUUGCGGUGCUUCUUGACAAUGAGGCCAUUUAUGAUAUUUGCAGGCGUUCUCUCGAUAUUGAGCGCCCUACUUACACCAAUCUGAAUCGACUUGUUUCUCAGGUGAUCUCAUCGCUCACUGCCUCUUUGAGGUUUGAUGGAGCUUUGAAUGUGGAUGUGACGGAGUUCCAGACCAACUUGGUGCCAUACCCCAGAAUCCAUUUCAUGCUUUCCUCUUAUGCCCCGGUAAUUUCAGCCGAGAAGGCUUACCACGAGCAGCUUUCAGUGGCUGAGAUCACAAACAGUGCUUUUGAGCCAUCGUCCAUGAUGGCAAAAUGUGAUCCCCGCCAUGGGAAGUACAUGGCGUGCUGUCUGAUGUACCGGGGCGAUGUUGUCCCCAAGGAUGUCAAUGCAGCUGUUGCCACAAUCAAGACCAAGCGCACAAUCCAGUUCGUUGAUUGGUGCCCUACUGGAUUCAAGUGCGGUAUCAAUUACCAACCACCCACUGUUGUCCCGGGUGGUGACCUUGCCAAGGUCCAGAGGGCUGUGUGCAUGAUCUCAAACUCAACCAGUGUUGCCGAAGUCUUCUCCCGCAUUGACCACAAAUUUGACCUCAUGUAUGCUAAGCGAGCCUUUGUUCACUGGUAUGUUGGUGAGGGAAUGGAGGAAGGAGAGUUCUCUGAGGCUCGUGAGGAUCUUGCUGCCUUGGAGAAGGAUUAUGAGGAGGUAGGUGCAGAGUCUGGCGAGAACGAGGAUGGCGAAGAUCCAGAUGAUUACUGAAGGGGAUGAACUUUGUUUCCAUGUUUGGCUAAUGCUAUUACUGGUAUUUUUCUGGCUGUGUUUAUCGUGUUUGUGAUUGUAUGUGCAAUAUAGCACAAAUUGAUUUUAUUUACUCCGACCUUUGAUUCUUCCAUCCUUGAAUGAGAUUAAGAAUUUGGAUUAGUUGGAUA